AGGGCCCAGGGGGGUAGAGGAGGAUGGGGACCAGAGGCAUGGUGACAGCGUGGCUCUGCAUUGUUCUUCUCCAGGCUGGAGAUGGUUUUGUCUUUGAGGACUACGAGCCUGCCUAUCAUCUCAUAACCCAUAAUUAUGAAGCAGUGGAGUCCAUGGGAGACCAACGCACAACUAAGAAGCUGCUGACACCACCAAAGGCCACCUCAAGUUCUCCUUGGACUGGGAACUCCAUGACAACAAGAGGAGGAGCUGGGGGGAACAGCACUGAUACCUCAUUGGAUGUUCACUUCAGGUACUGGGCUCCUGCCCUUUUUGUGACCAUUGCUCUGCUCAUGCUCCUCAUCAGCUACCACAGGACCAAGGGGAAAGAGACCGAGGAUGAAGCCACCUCUGCCAGUCACACUUCAGAAUCGGGAGCCCUGAGGAUCCCCAUUCCUGAGGAGGAGUCGGAGAUACCCUCAGACUCCAAGAGCCCCAAAAUCCCCCCCAGCGAUCUGGACCCCAACUCACCUCAGCCUGAUGGGGACUCCAGUUCCUCCGAUCCUGAGUGCUACGAGACAGCCCCAGUAAGCAGGAGGGCAUCCUGGUGGUGGAACAGUCCUGAGGCCAAGCUAGGGUCCACCUAGCCACCUCCAUCCACCUCCAUCCUUCCUAGAGAUGCUCCAGCAAAGCCCCAGAUCCUGGUGGGAAUGGGGGACCUGGGAGUGGGGGGGGACAACAGGGACCUUGGUUGGGGAUGAGGACCCCAUCCCUGUUAUGUCCCAAGAGGCUUGGGGGGCUCGGGGUGCCUGGGCUGAGCCAAUAAAGCAGGAA